UGAAAUAUAGUUUUAAUUUGAAGAUUUUUCUCUAUUUCACCCUCUUUAUCUCUGAAUAUCACGCAGCAAAAUGACAGAGACCCCCGUUUUACUUAGCUCAGAAUUGAUAUUUGGUAUUAUCCCGUUACUUAUUCACGCUAAGAACGAUACUAUUCAAAACUCGCAUACAAUUAAAACAAUUUAUAUACUUUUCCUUUUUAUGACAUAUCAACCGUAUAAUACGUGGUGCUUAAAGCAUUUAACGCGUGGUUUUACUAUAUUGUUUUCGAACUUGACACUUUUUUUCGAUAUGUGAAAAGGGACAACCCACAACUAUACAUUUAUAAACUUGCUAGUUCGUGGAAAACAGGUGACCUGCUUCUUUCUGCAGGGGCUACAAUGCCGGCGUCCAUCGCGUUCCUUGACUCAUAGUGGCAGCCCUGGGCAUUUUGUUGUCUUGUCCUGACCCGACACAUUAAAAAUGAUGCAUGCAGUAGCUCUGUAUCACCGGCGUGCGUGUAUAUUAGCAGUUUUAAUAAUGUUGUGUCUCCUAGCAGAGCUGUCUCUUCUUGCUAUAUCACCGGCUCCAUCAGACGGAAAAAUAAUUGGCAGUUUUCCGUCCGCUUGGAGAGCGGCGCUCCGAGGGGAUUUAAAUCCGCGGGUCUCCUCUCGUACAACUAGCAGGUUAUCCGGAUAAGAGCACCGAAUCACAUAGGUUAUUAACAAUAAAACUGGUUGGUGAUUACUUCAAGUUCAGUCAGAUGCGUGCAUCACUCCGUUUGGAUAUUGCGCUGCACAGUCAAAUAAGGGCCGAUGGAAAACUUCAACAAAACAGCACUUAAGACACCUUUUGUGAGAGAGCAGCAGCCCUGGAAACCGGGAGGUGUGGCUGAGAGGAUCAGCCUUCGGCCGCAUCAAGGACGCUCACACACGGCGGAGAGAUACCCAGACUAGCGGCAUCCUUCUCGUCUUCGUAGUUUUCUGGAAGUUUUCUAACUGCGGCAUCUGAUUUUUUAAAAAAAAUAUUUUUUAAUCAAACUAUGCAGUUAGGAGAGCCAGUUUUACCCAGCUCCGCUAUCAAUUUACCCAAGCCGUUUUACAAUCUGUCAUCAGAAAGUAAUAAUAACAACAACAGCAGCAGUAGUCCGGGAUCGGACCCUUUAGAAUUUCAGGAGAUUUCUCGGACAGAAUCUCAUCCCGGGAACGGUCCCAAAAAGUACUUAAGCAGCGGGGUUAACGACAUGCUGAACGAAGGAGAAAGUGACACGUUCACUGGGACUAAAACCGCUCCGGACGGAAGAAAAAGCUCUGCGGUCAUCGGUGAAGAUGACCUGUCCAACGGGCGCCGUUACAAUAUAGAUGAACUUGGUUCUGACAGGUAUUUCCUCUCCUCCUCUCAGACGGCCUCUGAUGUGGCGAAUCCGUGUUCUCUCUUCCCUUACGCUGCUCAGACUGGAACAGUUUAUCCAGGGUCAAAUGGAUCCCGGUACUCCACAUCGCUCCACUAUGGAUCUGUGCUGCCACCGACGGGCUUCUCCUCUGCCGUUUGCGCCUCGCGAAGCCAGUUCGGCGCCGGAUACCAGUUCGGGCAAGGUCCCGGUUGUCUUUAUCCCUCUUACCCGGGUACAAGUUCGGGGAUCGCAUCAGUGCCUAUUCCGGCGGCUGGAGCCGGAACUCGAGCGCAAGUCUACCUCUGCAAUCGGCCGUUGUGGCUCAAGUUUCACCGGCAUCAGACCGAGAUGAUCAUCACCAAGCAGGGCAGACGCAUGUUCCCGUUUCUGAGCUUCAACAUCACCGGACUGAACCCUUCUGCACAUUACAACGUGUUUGUGGAGGUCGUGCUGGCCGACCCGAACCACUGGCGCUUCCAGGGCGGCAAAUGGGUGACGUGUGGAAAGGCCGAUAACAACAUGCAAGGUAAUAAAAUGUACGUCCACCCGGAAUCCCCAAACACCGGAGCGCACUGGAUGCGGCAAGAAAUCUCAUUCGGCAAACUGAAACUGACUAACAACAAAGGCGCAAAUAACAACAACACGCAGAUGAUCGUCCUCCAGUCUCUACAUAAAUAUCAGCCCAGACUGCACAUUGUCGAGGUCAGCGAGGACGGGGUGGAGGACAUAAACAACGAGGCAAAAACCCAGACUUUCACCUUCCCGGAAAACCAGUUCAUCGCUGUCACAGCCUAUCAGAACACUGAUAUCACACAGCUGAAAAUUGAUCACAACCCUUUUGCUAAAGGCUUCAGAGACAAUUAUGACUCGAUGUACACAGCUCCAGAGACCGAUAGGCUAACCCCGUCACCCACCGAUUCGCCACGCUCCCACCAGAUUGUACCGGGGGCCCGGUAUGCCAUGCAACCCUUCUUCCAAGACCAGUUUGUCAACAACCUGCCCCAGAACCGCUUCUAUAAUGGUGAGCGGGCUGUGCCACAGACCAACGGCCUCCUGUCGCCACAGGCCGAGGACGGAGCAGCGGCCGCCACACAGCGCUGGUUCGUGGGCCCUGUCCAGCAGGGCGGCGCCGGUAAGCUGGACCUCCCGUACGAGGGGGACUAUUCAGCGGGAGGCCUGCUGCCAUACGGCAUCAAACCGCUGCCGCUCCAGACCUCUCACGCCCUCGGCUAUUACCCGGAUCCCACGUUUGCCUCCAUGGCUGCUGGUUGGGGCUCCAGGGGCCCUUACCAGCGCAAGGUGGCCACCAGCCUGCCCUGGUCCCCCCGGCCCAGCCCCCCCAGCUUCCCCGAAGACCCACUCUCUGGCAAGGACAAGGCCCGGGAGGAGAGUAGCAGCAGUGGCAGCGGCACCUCCCCGUGGCUGGACACCCCCCACUCCCUGAAAUCCCUGGACUCUGUGGACUCGGGCGUCUACUCCAUGGUGUGUAAGCGGAGGAGGAUGUCGCCCAGCAAUUCGAGCACAGAGAACUCGCCGACGAUCAAAUGCGAGGACCUGACCUCCGAUGAGUAUAACAAGGACAACCCCAAAGGUGUGGGUUACUACGCCUUCUACACCAGCUCUUAAACCGCCCCUUUUACAAACCUGCUCACUCCCGUUGUAUUUCUGUUCUAAAUGCCGCCUUUUAAAGAUGUACUCGACUUUUUUUUUUUUUUUUUGUAUUGUGCCAAAGCUUUUACUGCUCGGAGCAAGUUGCGGAAAUUAACCCCCCCCCCUCCCCGCCAGGUGUGAACAAAUGACUAAGGGUUUUGUUUUGCUUUUUAAUUUUUUUUUUCUUAAAGCAUGCCACCAUUUUUUUGUUUGUUUUUUUGUACAAACUGUCAUUUAUUUAUUAAAGAUUCUUUGCUGUACAGUACUUGUCCACUAUAGAAUGUGAAGUAUCUUGUACAAAAAUGUGUACAUGGAAGUGUUAUAAAUUAGUAAAAAUAAUAAAAAAAAAAUCCUC